UGGCUGGUGAAAUAUUUUGGCUGGUGAAAUAUUUUGGCGGGCGGUGGAACGACGACCUUGAUCGGAGCGCGCGACUACUAAAUACUUGUCGACUUCGCCGCCUGUCCGGACGGACGACGUGGACGUGGGGGCGCAGAAAACGUUAGCUGAACAAGUUGGCAGUGGAGGGUCCGCUGUUAAACGAGCGAUAGCAGUACAGCCGUUAAACGAACGCAAGCAAGCAAGGCGCGUAAGGGCGGGAGCGGGAGAUGUAUUGCUAAAUGCUGAAUGACUCUGUCCGUGCGUAAGGUCAUUCACUGUGGCGAGCAGUUUCGGCGGGAGCUCCUUCAGUGUGGCUUACCCGUUCUGGCGAUUCUGUCCUUCACAUUAGAGCUCGGCAGAAGACAGGGUUUCAACGGUUACGGCACAGAAAGGGGGUGCAAUGUGUACGUGCGAGGUGGAUGCCUCCUUGAACUCCAGAAGACGGCAAACGACUAUCUUGGCGGCAAAGAGAGAAGUAAUGGGUGGUAUAAGAGAAACUUCUCCGAAUGCUUUCUGGUGGUGAUUGCCCAAUCCGCAGAACGCUACAUUGCUACUUUACGACGGCUCCUGACGUAACGGCGGGCGAGGGAAAAGGCGGUGCUUCCCGAGGAGAGGAGGAUCAAGAAAAGGGGCAAGUGGUUGGCUACGGCAAUCCGCAUGCCCCUCCUUCCAGGGGCUUCGCAUCCAGGGGAUGUCUUGGGCCUGUGGGGACAUCUACCCUGGCACUUCCAGCCUCGCGGACAAUCUUGAUAAGAAGCUCCUGGUGAUACUCCGUGAUGGUAGGAAACUCAUUGGCAUCCUGCGGUCAUUUGAUCAAUUUGGUAAAUCUCAACCUGCCACUUUUUUUACUUUUUUAAAGUCUUUUUUUUUUAAUAUAUAAAAAUCUAACAUCACCAUCUUUUGUAUAUCCAAGUUAAUUGAACUCUCAUCUUGGUAUGAAGAAGCCAGAGUU